AUGGGCUUCUGCCACUGCAUACGGAUAGAUUUCUUAGAUAUCGACUGCCAGGAGGGCUCAGUGGCUUUUACCACACUAAGGUCCAGGCCUGGCCAGGGGCUCCGUCAAGCCCACGCCCCGGCGGAGGAAGGGCGGCGGCGGUGGCGAGGGCUGCCCAGGAGGUGGCAAUCGGGAGCCUCUGACGGGAGUGGAGCAAAGGUGGAGGGAGGCUCCCAGGAAAAAAAGGUGGCUGCCUUUAAGUGGAGUGAAGCCCAGCAGAUGAUAAAUGGUACCCCGGUCUAUAUGUACCAGGACUGCAGCGUGCUUUCCGAGGGCGACACUGAUCACUGGCUUCGGACCAACUGGAUUUAUCGGGGCGAGGCAGCCUCCCGCGUUUAUGUGGAGCUAAAGUUUACUGUGAGGGACUGCAAGAGCUUCAAAGGUGAAGUGGUGACCUGCAAAGAGACCUUCAAUCUCUAUUACAUGGAGUCCGAACAAGAUGUUGGGAUCCAGUUCCGCCGCCCACUUUUCAUCAAGCUCAACACUGUGGCAGCAGAUCGAAGUUUCACAAGCAGAGACAUCGAAUCGGGCGCCAUGCAGCUGAACACCGAAGUGUGCCCCAUCGGGAAGCUGUCUCGCCGGGGCUUCUACCUGGCUUUCCAAAACUCUGGGGCUUGCGUAGCGAUGGUGUCAGUCCGAGUGUAUUACAAGACUUGCCCGGAGACAGUGCGGGGCCUGGCCCGUUUUCCGGAGACGCUGGCAGGAUCGGAGGGGCUGACAGAAGUGCCUGGGGUCUGCGUGGAGGAUGCGGCUGAAGAAGCGGGCUCUCCCCCAAGGAUGCACUGCAGCACCGAUGGGGAGUGGCUGGUACCGAUGGGCCAAUGCCUUUGUGCUGUGGGCUUUGAGGAAGUCGACGGGAGCUGCGUAG